AUGGGCCGAGCACUUCAGAGGCGUCCCACCACCAUCUCAGAUGCCGCCAUCGCCCUUCUGCUUAAAGUGAAAACCAACGCUGACCUCGACCUCGCGCCAUCUCUACACGAAACCAUCAAGGUCGUACAACAGCUCUUAAGCGGGAAAGCGUCCGGAUCGGACGCGAUCCCUGCUGAGACCUACAAGCACGGUGGCCCUCUACUCAUGGAUCAUCUGACGGCGCUCUUCCAGAAGAUGUGGCGUUAA